GUUUAUGUCACAAAAAUACAGUUGUGAUACGUGUCCUGAAUAGGGGAAGAGAGAGGGAGACCGUUUGAAGGGAUACUAUGUCGUCCUGUUUAUGCUUGUCAACUCCAAAAUUUCUUUCUGCUAUAAAAAUAUAAUUUGUUGUUACAGAAGCUAGUGAUCUUAAAUUUAAUUAUUUACUAAAUAGUCUGUCCUAAUUUGUAACUUGUGGUGCCUUCUGUUUAAGCUAAUGUUUUUGGCUAACAGAGACUGUUUUCCCCUGAGAUCCAAUAGCCCAAUAGUUGAGUGCUCGCUCAAUAACAUAGGUUCCAGGAAUUCAAAGCUAUUGAAAAUAUUCUGUUCUUUUUCCACCCUAAAUUUAAUGUUUAUGCAACAGGAUUAGUCUAUGGAAAUGCCCAUAUGUUUUCCUUGAUAACCCUUAGACCUUAUGGGCCAGAAAAGGAAAAGUCCUGAGAGCUUAUAACCAGAGAUUCAACCUUUCAGAGAAUCUUUAAGAACAUAGGUCUCAGAAUCAAUGACCUAUCUAAGUCAUGUAAUUUCCCAUUAUUUUGAAAAGUUACCAACAGACCCCUCCUCAGGCUCCAACUACCAAGCAUUAUUAGGACAAGUUGGUAUAUUUUUCAGUUUACAAGCCACUGUUGUGACUUGUGAGCCUCCCUGAAUGUCUCACACAGUUGAGAUGGAUUUAAAAUUUUUACUAUAAAAAGAAAUAGCAGCUUAGACCACAAAUAGCAUUGGCCUUUGUCUGAAUGAGUAAUGCUAAUUAUAGUAUUUCAAGAUCCAUUCAAGUCUCCAUAUAUGUUGGAUCGUCUGAAUACCAGUUGAAUCAAAUGAUCAAUCAACCUUUUGUUUGUGUGCUAUAGUUGGGGUCUGUCUAACAAAUUUGAAAUUUUUUACUUUGAUCCAAAAGUUGAAUCUCUUUUGAACAACUAUCAUCACAAUCGCAACUAUGGCAGAUGAUCAGCCACAAGAUACUUCAUUGGCUGUGAGAAGGAAAGCCAUUGAUGAUUGGCUUCCAGUCACUUCCUCCAGGAAUGCCAAAUGGUGGUACUCUGCCUUCCACAAUGUUACUGCCAUGGUUGGUGCUGGUGUCCUUAGCCUUCCCUAUGCUAUGGCUCAUCUUGGAUGGGGUCCUGGUGUUGCUAUACUUGUUCUUUCAUGGGUCAUUACCCUGUACACUCUGUGGCAAAUGGUUGAAAUGCACGAAAUGGUUCCUGGUAAACGGUUCGAUAGAUAUCAUGAGUUAGGUCAGUAUGCAUUUGGAGAGAAGCUAGGCCUCUGGAUUGUGGUACCUCAACAGCUAGUGGUAGAAGUUGGCGUAAAUAUUGUCUAUAUGGUUACUGGAGGAAAAUCACUGAAGAAGUUCCAUGAUGUGAUUUGCCCUGACUGCAAAGAUAUCAGGACCACAUAUUUCAUCAUGAUUUUCGCUUCUAUUCACUUUGUCCUCUCACAUCUUCCCAACUUCAACUCCAUUACUGUCGUCUCCCUUGCUGCAGCUGUCAUGUCCUUGAGUUACUCUACAAUUUCCUGGGUAGCUACUAUCCAUAAAGGGGUUCUAUCUGAUGUGGACUAUAGUUAUAAAGCUAGCACCAGAACUGGAGCUGUAUUUGGCUUCCUUAGUGCAUUAGGUGAUGUAGCUUUUGCAUAUGCUGGUCACAAUGUAGUUUUGGAGAUCCAGGCAACAAUUCCUUCUACUCCUGAAGUACCUUCUAAGAUACCUAUGUGGAAAGGAGUGAUUGUUGCAUACCUCCUUGUUGCCUUCUGCUACUUCCCUGUUGCUUGGAUCGGAUACCAGUAUUUUGGUAACAGUGUGGAUGACAAUAUCCUCAUCACCUUGGAAAAACCAGCUUGGCUUAUUGCAACUGCUAACAUGUUUGUUGUCAUUCAUGUCAUUGGAAGCUACCAGAUUUAUGCUAUGCCGGUGUUUGACAUGAUUGAAACUGUAUUGGUGAAGCACAUGAAUUUUGCACCUAGAUUCAGGCUUCGCUUUAUUGCUCGCACAAUAUACGUUGCAUUUACAAUGUUCAUUGGAAUAUGCAUUCCAUUCUUUGGAGGCCUGCUGGGAUUCUUUGGAGGAUUUGCCUUUGCCCCAACUACAUACUAUCUCCCCUGUAUUAUUUGGCUUAACAUCCGCAAACCCAAGAGGUUCAGCUUGUCAUGGAUCAUAAAUUGGGCGUGCAUUGUGGUUGGAGUUUUGUUAACAGUCCUAGCACCCAUUGGUGGGCUAAGGCAGAUCAUUGUUUCAGCCAAGAGCUAUGAAUUCUUUUCAUGAAAAAUCUUGCAAAUGAUACCAAAUUACAUAGAUGGGCAAAUGGGGAUUGCAUAAUGUUUGUGUAUGAUAGAGGACAUGUGAUUUAGAUUUUUGAUUAUUAGGAUUACACUUCAUUUUGUAACUUGAUAAUGAACUUCUUGAAUUUGUGUUGUAUAUAAA